AUGAUAAUACGAACACUCCCGCUACGGCAUGGCCGUCUCGCCGUCCCCAAACCCAUCACCCCUUCUACCCUCCGCACUCUCGCAACGGCCCUCGACCGGCCGCGAUUUCAACCCGCCACCGCAUCUCUCGAUGCAAACGGCCAGUCACCCAGUGGCGGCCGAACGCUCGAGAUACGAGACCCCACCGAUCCUGUUGCACAGAACUUCGUCUUCCUCCAGCAGCAAAAAGCUCUCCACAAGCCAAUUGGCAGCGCCGUCGAGCCUCACUACAAACCGCACGACCUCAUCGCCAACCCUCCCUCGCCCAAAGACAUCACGCUGGAGCUGCUGAUGGCGAGUCAAGCACACAUUGGGCACGCGACGAGUCGAUGGAAUCCGAGCAACGCCAAGUACAUUUUUGGUGUGAGAGGGCGGGAUGAUCCGAUUCAUAUCAUCAGCUUGGAUGUCACUGCCGCAUAUUUACGCCGGGCGUGCAAGGUUGUCAAGGGGGUGACGGAGCGAGGAGGAUUGGUGCUCUUUGUGGGCACACGAGGCGGACAAGAGCGCAUAGUUGUCCGAGCGGCGCGCUUGGCCGGUGGCUGUCAUCUGUUCUCCAAAUGGACUCCCGGCAGCAUCACCAAUGGCCAGCAGAUCCUCGGCGCUUGCAGAAAGAAAGUGAUCGAUCACAACGACAUCGAAGUGCUUGGAUUUGGAGAUCAGCUCGAGCGCUCUGCAGCGCUAAAACCGGACCUCGUCGUGUGCUUGAACCCGCUGGAGAACUACAUCUUGCUGCACGAAUGUGGACUCCACAACAUCCCUACCAUCGGUAUCAUUGACACGGAUGCGAAUCCCACCUGGGUCACGUACCCGAUUCCCGCCAACGAUGACUCUCUGCGAAGCGUGCAGGUCAUCUGCGGCACGCUGGGGCGAGCGGGGCAAGAAGGACAGGAGAUCAGACGCAAGAGCGCAGCACAAGGCAUGUGGACGUCGAUGCAAGAACAUGGCCUGCAGCCUCCCACCCACGGGCAAGCGCAGCGGGAGAAGGAGAUGAGAGAGCAGGAGGCGAUGCUCGCGCAGCAAGAGUAUGAAGAGGAUGCACGCACCGUUGCCAGCGAGGAACUGGAGCCGGUCGCCAAGGAAGAUUCCCUGCCUUAUGAGCGUGAUCGGCCGCUUUCUAGCGAAGAGCUGGCACAGGCGUCUGAAUCUGCGCGACAUCUUGCCGACUGGGAGACGGCGGGAGUAGUAGAGCCCUAG